GGAGCUGGAGCCGCAGUCGUCCGUCACUUCCAGCCGGAGAGAGACAGACAGCGAUCCCGGAGCGGCAUCUUGUUAGAGUCGGCGGCCGAUCAGAAGCGGCGGGGUAGAUCCCGGGCCUGGCCUGGUUUGGUUGAUCCGGUGUGGAGGCCUCGGUGUCGCUGCGUGCCGGUGUCCGGUGUGUGACGGCGGGCGAGAGAGAGAGAGAGAGAGGGGAGGGGGUCCGCUGUUUACCGAGAGCCGGGGCUUUGGAGAAGCGGAGGCCUCGCUGGGGUCGAGUGAGAGCGGUUCCCUGUCGAGCCGGGGAGGCGGCGGUGUCCUCCUCCUCCUUCUCCACCGUCGGCCCAGGGCCUGUGAGGUCCCCGAGUUUCUGAUAACUUUGGAGCGGACACAGGUGCCUUUGAUGCAAACGCAGACAUGGUCCAGAAAUACCAGUCACCCGUCAGGGUUUACAAACAUCCCUUUGAACUUGUUAUGACAGCUUAUGAAAGGCGAUUCCCAACAUGCCCAUUAAUCCCUAUGUUUGUUGGAAGUGACAUUACCAGCGAAUACAAGAGUGAGGAUGGGGCUAUUCACAUUUUAGAAAGGCGAUGCAAACUGGAUGUAGAUGCCCCAAGAUUAUUGAAAAAGAUUGCAGGUGUUGAUUACAUCUACUUCAUUCAGAAGAACUCCUUGAACAGGCAGGAAAGGACAUUGAAGAUAGAAGCCCACAAUGAAACAUUUGCUAACAGAGUGGUCAUCAAUGAAUUCUGCUGUUACACUGUUCAUCAAGAAAAUGAAGAUUGGACCUGCUUUGAACAGUCAGCAAGUCUUGAUAUCAAGUCAUUUUUUGGUUUUGAAAGCACUGUUGAAAAAAUAGCAAUGAAACAGUAUGCCAGCAGCAUCAAAAAGGGAAAAGAAAUAAUUGAAUACUACCUAAAACAGCUCGAGGAAGAAGGAAUAACUUACGUACCACGGUGGAACCCAGUAGUAAAUACGAAUGUGGAAAAGACUGUUUUUGUUCAGAAAUUGACCUCCUCUCCAGCUGUGGCCAUACCUGGCCGAGGUGAUGCUGCUGUAAAGGAAGAACAUGUUAACAAAGACUCAAUUUCUGGUUCCAAUAAUUCACCUGAUUCUCUCUCAGGAACACCUGAUGAUAAACUGGAUGCUGAUUAUAUCGCGCGUUAUUUGGGUGACCUAACCCCACUGCAGGAAAGCUGUCUCAUUAGACUUCGAACACGGCUUCAAGAAGCACAUAAAGGCAAGAUCCCCAAAGAUGAGCACAUCCUACGGUUCUUAAGAGCACGUGACUUCCAUAUGGAUAAAGCAAGGGAGCUUCUGUGCCAGUCUUUGACUUGGCGCAAACAACACAAAGUAGACUACCUCUUGGAAACAUGGACACCACCUCAAGUGCUGCAUGAUUAUUACACAGGAGGUUGGCAUCACCAUGACAAAGAUGGGAGACCCUUGUAUAUCUUAAGACUUGGGCAGAUGGAUACCAAAGGGCUCGUCAGAGCACUUGGAGAGGAAGCACUGCUGCGGCAUGUUCUAUCUAUUAAUGAAGAAGGAUUAAGACGAUGUGAGGAAAAUACCAAUGUGUUUGGAAGACCAAUCAGCUCUUGGACAUGUUUGGUGGAUUUAGAAGGCUUGAACAUGAGACAUCUGUGGCGACCUGGUGUAAAGGCACUGUUGAGAAUAAUUGAAGUUGUUGAAGCUAACUAUCCAGAAACGUUGGGUCGAUUAUUGAUCCUUAGAGCACCUAGAGUGUUUCCAGUACUUUGGACAUUGGUUAGUCCUUUCAUUGAUGACAAUACAAGAAAGAAAUUCCUCAUCUAUGCAGGAAAUGACUACCAGGGGCCUGGAGGUCUGGUUGAUUAUAUAGAUAAAGAAGUGAUCCCUGAUUUCCUUGGAGGAGAAUGCAUGUGUGAAGUUCCAGAGGGUGGUCUAAUCCCCAAAUCGAUGUAUAGAACAGCAGAAGAACUUGACAAUGAUGAUAUCAGACUAUUGACUGAAACUAUUUAUCAGUCAGCAAGUGUUUUCAAAGGAUCACCACAUGAGCUAUUAAUUGAAAUGGUGGAAGCAUCUUCUGUGAUAACCUGGGAUUUUGAUGUGGUGAAAGGCGAUAUUGCGUUUAACAUCUACCAUUCAAAACGAGCACCCCAGCUUCCCAAAAAGGAUACCCUUGGAGCACAUGGGUUAACAGGCCCUGGAGGAAAUAAUGUGCAGCUUAUAGAUAAGUCAUGGCAACUGGGCAAGGACUAUAGUAUGGUGGAGCCCCCACUCAUCUGUAAAGAAGGAGAAAGUGUGCAGGGUUCACAUGUAACAAGAUGGCCUGGUUUUUAUAUCCUACAAUGGAAAUUUCACAAUAUGCCUUCCUGUGCUACAACUAACCUGCCUCGUGUAGAUGAUGUGCUGGCAACAUUGCAGGUCUCUUCCCACAAGUGUAAAGUUAUGUAUUACACUGAGGUCAUAGGAUCGGAUGAUUUCAGGGGAUCCAUGACUAGUCUUGAAUCUAGUCACAGUGGGUUUUCACAACUCAGUGCUGCUACAACAUCAUCUAGCCAAUCACACUCCAGUUCGAUGAUCUCCAGGUAGUGAUUCAGAAUGCCUGCAAUUAAAAAAAAAGUGCAAAACAGGACUCUUUUUUUUGGUGGCAGCUGAUUGGAAUGAUGGUGCAGCAACAAAAAUGCGUAUUUGACUUUGAUAAUGCAAACAGUACAAUCAGUUCAAUUUCUUUGUAUCCUUCAAUUUCUCCUUACAUUAUAUAUAUAUGAGUGCAUCCAUUGUUUGCAAUCAAGACUUUUAAAAUGUACUAAUUCAUGUUUUAGUCAGAUGUCAUAAAGGUGUUAAUGUUUACAGAACUGCAUUUUCUAACAGACUGUAAUUGUUUUAAAGAUAGAACUGAACUUUAAUUCCUACCUGUUCUGGAAAUGUCACCAUCUUUCCUGAAUUCUUAAGAUUGUUGUUACAAUGCAUUGGAAAAAAAGCACAAGGUCAAAGAAACAAAUAUCUUUAUUCUCAGUUUGACACUUAAAUGAAAAGGAAGUUGUGUAAUUGAAAAAAAAGUUAGUACAAGCACAUGCUAGACAUAGAAAUGUGUCUUUUGCACUUGAACUGGAUAAAUUGCUCAGAAACAUGAGGUGACACACUUUGAAACCAUUGUUGCAACCUACUUGAAUGUAGUUAUAGCCAAACAUCUCAUCUUUGUUCAAGAGUUGCUGUUUAACUGUAUAAGACAUCUUUCUACCAUUUAAUUAUCUGUAUUAAUGUCCUGAAGCCAAUAAUGUUCCCAUGACAUGAAAUCAUUGUGUUAACAUUCCUGUUGUGUCUAUCAGUACUUUAUACAUUGCAUAUCAAUCUUUGUUUAUGGAGCAAUACGUGUUACCACUGGGUUGGUAAUAAAUCAUUCAAAUAUCUUUUGAGCAGCCUCUUUUUAAAUAAUAAA